AUGGCCCACAAGCUCAAACGCCAGAUCACAUUGCUCAGAUCGGCUAAUAGUUUGGCCGAAGGCACCAACAACACCAAAACUUUCACACGGGAGUCGCGACAAUCCCCUAUCAACAGCAAAAGCUUCCGAAACGUACGAACAACUCGCACCAGUAUCAAUCAAAAACCUGGCAGAUCGACCGCAAACAGUUAA